GAUGACAGUCUGCUAUUUUCAAUAACGCUUAAUUGCCCUUGAUGAAAAAACACUGCUAUCGAGCUCGGGAUAAGGAUCAGGAUCCUCCGUCGCAAACGCAAAAAUAAAAUGAUGCAGUUCCCUAAGCUCACCCCUUUGCAGUCGCGUUUCGCUGCCACCUUCGCUGCAACCAUCUUCGUAUUCGCAUUUUAUUAUAUAUUUUCGACGAGCUCUGGAAGUUUCGCGUAUGCCCUUGAUGAAGUCGACCAGUUGACAAUGUUGCGAAAUGGUGCUGCUGGGGAGGAUUCAAUGAUUUUUGAAGAUGAAUAUGAAGAGACGAGAAAUGACGCCGGCGGACAGAUAAUCAAACGUGCUACUGUAGACCCAAAUGCAGUCAGCAAUAAUGAGUUUCAGAUGCUCAAUAUCGCACCGGGACAGACACAAUACUGGGUUUUCACCAAGGAAUCAGUGCUGGGAAAGCCAUCGGCCACGCCAGAAGGUCUACCGGCCAAUAUAACGUCGAAUUCUACAGGUCAAAGUGUCAUUAACGAGAAUCGACGAGAAUUGAAGAAACGAUCGAAUACUGUGUACGUUUCGCUGAAUACCUGCUUGAAACCAAGUCUGAAUUCUAGCAACCCGAAUGCGACGUCGGAUACUCAACUACCUCCGUUGACGGUUUAUAUAUCGACAUCAUCAAAUAAUAAGAAUCCCGGACCUGCGGGGGAAGCUUCUCUACAGACGACCUAUACCGCGGAUCAGGGAUAUAUGGGCGCAACUGUUGAGAAUGCCGAUGACAAUGUCUAUAUCGGUGUCUCAGCACCCAACACGACUCUCUGGACGGGCAUAUACAAUUACCAAAUAGCGGCAUCAAUAGAUGCAUAUUUCCAUUCCGUUGACGACGAUACAAAUCUAUACUUUAUCGAUUCCGAUAUUAACUCGGCGCUCCUCAUAACGAAUAACUUGACCCAAUCAGACGAGGGAUCUGCAAAUUAUCGACAGUGGAUGAACAUAACACCGCCAUACACUAUUUUUGCGAAUAAUAUCAAUGACAAUUCGAUUUCGGGGUUGGAAAGAUCGUUUUGUGCUCUGAAUCAGUUGGCACAAAUGCGGGAGGGAAAUCAGGCUAUCAACAAGUCCAUGACGAAUCGUGGAUUGGGUAAUAAGCCCAAGGAGCAGUUCUACGUUACUUAUCUCAAUAGUAGCUCUCAUUAUUAUGGCAUUCUCGGUAUGAAAGGCAACUCGACUGCUUCUGGGAAUGGUGUGAUAGGUGGAGGUGGUAAAGUAUGGAGAGCAAUGAAUUUUACGACCAAAGCUGAAAAAAAUUGUGCUCUUCUCUACAACCUCAACUUUUGCUCCGAAGUCGCCUACGCAGUCCCAUCAAACCCAAAUCUCACCAGCACACAACUGGCACAGAUCUACGACCAAGCCGCUCAAUCCUACUACAAAAAUUUUGCCAACUCUUUAUCUCUGAUUCAAUGCAACACCUCCUCAACAUCGAUGUUUUCUCUCGCUGUGAAUUGCUCUGACUGCGCCAAGGCUUACAAGCAAUGGCUAUGCGCCGUCACAAUCCCACGAUGCUACGACUGGACGGCGGAUUACGCCUUUUUGAAACCACGAAAUGCAGGUCAAGCGUUUUUGAAUGGCACGACAUUACCUUCCGAUAAUCCCUGGGUGCAAUCGCCCGUAACCAACGCAUCACGCAACCCGUUGAUAGACACGGAGAUUCGUCCGGGUCCUUAUAAGGAGAUUUUACCCUGCACCGAUCUCUGCAGCGAGAUGGUGCGCACAUGUCCUUCGGCAUUGGGAUUUAAAUGUCCAACAGGGAAAUAUUUGAAUGAUUCAUAUGGCUAUAGAGCUUCAGAUGGUGAUAUCACGUGUAGUUAUUUGGGAGCGGCGUAUUAUUUGAAUGGCGCUUUUGGAUUGUCUUUGCCUGGUUUGGAUUUGGGAUUGUUAAUUGCUGGGUUGUGGAUGGUUUUUUGGGUUGCUGUAUAACAUUGUUUUAGCCAUAGGGCUUUUUACAAAUCCACAAUAAGGAAAUAUACAGUUCAUGCU